AAGUCAGUCCCCCAAACAACCUCCCUCUGCUGUCGUGUUUGUGGUGGGCUCAGUUUACACUCAUACCUGCCCGCCCACCGUAGUGGGAUGAUCCCGGUCUCAUCCACGAACCACAAACGCUCCUCCGACAUUCAGUUCAGAACCAGUGAGCCGCAGUCGAGACACUAAACGGAGAUUAGCAGCUGCGGAUCACGACACACGGGCUCCAGGUAUAGCAGGAGAAGGACAGGACCUCUGUCUAUCAAACUCUGAAGUGCCCGGUGCCAGCUCUAUAGGUCAACCCAACCGUAACGCCACAGGACAAUAGGAGCCUAACCCAGAGACCUUAGACAGCUAUCAAAAAGCAAAUAAUCGAGCUCAUUAGCUCUCUUCCCCCAAGACGAGCUUCUCUGAAACAUUCAACAGAAAAAAGGAAGUUAAAAAGGACCAAACAAGAGGGAAAAAGGCCACUGGCAGCUAUUUCUGAUGCUCUGUGGUGAAGAGAACAUCUCAUUUGGGAUUUGAGGAUUGCGGAAAAAGGAUUUCCCCAUGCCCUGCCCAUUUAUCCCAAUGCCUGUAUAAAUAUUCCAUGGAGAUAUCGAUUUGUCCCUUUUCCAACAGCACCCAGUAAAGAGACUAAGUAUUGCAAAUCCCAACAGCCUGUCUGUUGCUUAAACCUCUCAGAUUCUUAGAAUGCCUAAAAAUCUAUAUUCAUAGGGGUGCUAUAAAUGGAUCCCUAAAAACAUCUAUAUUCCGAGACACGUCAGCUCUUGAAGAAGCAUCAGACCGGUGGUUUCAUCUCCAGAGAGUUUCCUUCUCUUUGUAGGGCAAGGCAGCUGGUUUGUCCUUUUUAUUUGGAUGUUUUUUUUCCAGAACUCCAAAAUGAAGCCCUUAACUCCUAUUGGUUCACCUUCUCCGCUGCGGCUCCUGAACAAGGGGCCUGAAUACCUGCGCAGGCAGAUGGAUGCCGGAAGCAGGGGUCGUUCCGUCAGUGCUGUAGAGCGUCUGGAAGCCGACAAGGCAAAGUACGUCAAGAGUCAACAGGUCAUCAACACAAAGCAGGAGCCCGUGUUAGUGCCCUGUGCAACCCCUCCACCGGUGCCCCGUCGCAACUUUAGCGUGUCCACUCCUUCAACACCUGUUUUCCCGCCUCGAAAUAAAACGGCGCCUUUCUCUGCACCGCUGUUCUCCAGGGAUCAAAAUGAGGACGAUUCCAGAAAAGAGAACUGUCGGAAUGAAACCGACUUGGAAACCAACAAUCGCAACAAUACAAACAAGCCUCCCGUACCUUCCCCUAGAACUCCAACCAUUGCUCCAUUAGUCGCCCCACGAAGUGCUCCAAUAAUGCGCAGGAACAAUGGCAAGCGCAUGCUGCGUCCAGACUCCCUGGUUAUUUACAGACAGAAGAAAGAGUGCAAGAGUCCCAGCGGUGGUGGUGAAAAUGCCAGCAGCAACUUAGAGGUCAAGGGAUACAGCUUUGUACGACGGCUCUUCCAGGGAUCCAUGCGUGAAAAGAGCGUUGGUAACGAGGCUCAGAAAAUGGUGAUAAAUGAGGAGAAGGCUUCUUCCUCUCGAGACGGGGAUUCGCGAAUGUCCUGGUCCAAUGACAAAGACACUGUCGAUGUUGGGAAUGAGACUAGACGAUCUAGCAAAUCCGAGCGAGAGCACUCAACACCCGAGACGCAAAAUGACAACACUGGCUUUCAGGACAAGCAAUCAAAGAACUGCAUGAUCAACAGUUUACGAAACAGCACGGGGAAUCCCAACAAUAAUGACAUGGACCCAUGGAAGCCAGUCAUUCCUCAGAUGCGAUCCGAUUUGAAACGCUCCAAGUCAGAAUUGCUACUACGCUGCUCACUAGCCAUGUCCGAGCAGGAACGCUUCUUCGACUACUGUGGAUUGGAUCUGGAUAUGGUGGAACGGCUCGGACCAGAGAACUUUCUAACUGGGGCCAGUUCAGUUGACACGCUCUCUCUGCUACUGAGGAGCAUCGGAGGCGGCGGUGGCUCGGAGCCCAGCGAGUUUUCCCGGCACUCCGGUGAUGGGCUUUUCCAGGAGGAGCUUGCCGAGCAGAUCUCUACAGGUGUGUCCAUUAUCGAGAGAAAUGCACGGGUCAUAAAGUGGCUCUACGGUUGCAGGAACGCAGUCCAGGAGGGUCCUAAAGAGUCUACUGUUUGAUUAACUAAACCCAAGACUUUCUGGAGCUGUGUUCCAAUCUGGGAAGCUAUGCUGUAUUUAUUUUACAUGAGAGUAUUUAAGAGAUUGUUUGGCUUAUCACAGCCAGUACGAGGACAUUCAUGUUAUUUUGUGUAAGUCACACAUGAAGCUGCAAACCGACACAUCCUUUCAUGACCUACACUGUGGCUUUGUCGCCCCCUAUACCCUCAUUCACUAUUCCCAACAUCACAUUACUAAUAUAGUCUACUCGAAGGAGUGAAUGAAAACAAAUAAGUGAAUUCGGACACUGAAUGUGGCUGUGGACUCCAACUUCUGGAAAGAUUCAGAAAUUAAUUUGCUGCAUUUCUCACAUUGCAUGGCUAUUCUGUAGCGGCCUAUACAGUCAUUAUUGCGGUGCAUUAUGGGAUUGAAUGAGUGCGUUUAAUAAUGUCAGCCUAGUCCACUAUAGAGUAAUGGGGGCGAUAAUGAUGUAUCUUUAGCGAUGUCAUCUCCUGUUCUCUGUAAGUAGUCCGUCCUGAUACUUCUGUUCAGAAACGAGUGUUAUUUGUUGAGUGUAACUUAAAGGACGUGUCAUCUGAUGAAUCAUUUUACAUUGAAAACCACUAAGCUUUUCUCUGGGGCUGGGAAACCGAUGCAUGAGUGUUAAAUGAACCAUGUGUACCUCAUUUCCCAACUGUCCCAGUUUAGUUUGUAUGUUGCCUUUUUUUUUUUCCUUAAACGCAGGCGUUGGAACAAACACACAGAGGACCCCUGUGGGGAUAUUAAUGCACUGAAUUGGAGAAAGUGACGGAGUGAGAGCUAUAUAUACUGUUAUGAAACAUAUUUUUAACACUGAGUGUAUGCAAAGAAGUAGGGCCUUAAAACAAACUGAUUUUGAGUUUCAUUAACUUAUGCCAAAGAAAUGUGCUGCAUACUGAUAAACAAUAAGUUCCAAACCCUAUCGAGCCGCCUUGAGAGAAUGAUGUUCACAGAUUUUGACAUUAGCAUGUUGCUAAGCUAAUAACUUGAAAAUAUAUUGGGUGAAAUAACAUAUUUUUUAUUAAUAUUUUUCCAGUACAGAACAUAUUUAUAAUCGACACAUCUUCCGUUGUUUAUUAUAUUUUUUUCCCCUGUGUAUUUUAGAAUAGCCUGAUUCAUGAAGGACACAUGUUGUGCUAAUUCAAUUUUGGCCAAAACUCUGUAUUGCACAAGGUAUUGUAAUUUUGCUCUAAAUAUUGCAUCCAAAUAUUAAUUUCUGAAGGGGACCAAAAAUAAAAUUUUAAGAAUCAGUCAUUGAAAAACCAAUACUCUUGGUAGCCGCUCACUUGAAAAAAAAAACAGCAUAUGCUCAUUAGGUAUGUUUUGAAGCAUGGCUGCUGGUUUGAGCUGGUCCUUGCUGGUCAUGUGCUGGUCCUAAGCUGGUUCUAUGCAGCUAGCUACUGUUUAGGACCAGCUUAUGACCAGCUUAAACCCGCUCAAACUAGCUCAAACCAUCAGCCACACUUCAAAACAUACCUAACCAGCAUAUACUGUUUUUUUUUCAACAGGGUUGGGUUUGGAACAAUUUGCCCCCAGCUGUCUUUUACCAGUAACUAAAGCAUGCAAAUAGCUCAAUUUCAUUCCCAUGUUUGGUAAACUGCAUCUAUGGGUGUUACUUUGAUUACGUUGAUGAUAAAUUAUGGUUGUUUGCACAUUUGUCCUAAACGCAAAUGACAGUUCCUGUGGCGGAGCAUUGUUCAGUACGUACUUGAUCAAGCUUUUUCUGGGUUUAACUCAUAAAAGUACAGUGUUUAACAAAGUAGAGAUGACGUAACAGCAAGAGACCUGCCGGGUGGACACACACUCCCAGUGUGGGAGACGCUGAUGUGUUUUCAUAUUGAAGGAGACCUUUGAAAGCUCCUCCUGUCUGAAUGCAUCAAUCAGACACUGAUUCUCCUUUGUCGUAAUGAAACCCCCCGGUCGGAGGCAUUAAUCAAUCUCUAUGAUACCACUGAUAAAUGAAGCAAAGGUCCGCUGCAGCAUGCACAGGUCAGACUGCGGCCUGCAGAGAAAGAACUGUGAUCUUUUCUUUCAACUUUUUCAUCCCCAACAUCCAAGAUGCAUUCAGUCUUCCAGAGCACCCGAAAUCUCUCUCUUGCAUGUUUACAGUCCAUCUGUAUAUGUUUCUAUAAAGAAUUUAGAUUUCCACCCAAAGAUAUAUUACAGAGAAUAUCCUAAUAAAAUGCUAUUUCUGAAAAA